AUGGCUUCCAAGAUGGUUUCAACAAUAGCACUUGCGGCCGGUCUCGCCGCCGCUGCCAACACCGACCCGGUCGUCCCGCUGUCUGCUCAGAUUGGUGCUCUUGACUUUGGUGUGACCUGCAAUGUGCCCGUCUUUGGCAACUACACCUUUGAGGGCUACUUUACCGCCACGGCCCCUAUCCAGGGUGCCUCUGGACAGCAGAUCUACUACACGGAUUUAGUGGCUGCAAUCACCAUUCCUUCAUCCUUGACCGGCCUGGGCAAGUUUGUCAGUGUCUCUCACGCCAAGGCCAGUGUCAAGGUCCAACUGGACCUCGAGAACGCUACUCCCGCGACCUACGAUGUGUUCCCCGAGCCACUCGUGCUCGACAACAUCACAUUCACCCCUGGCGAGCCGGUGACGGUCCGUGUGCCCACCACUGGCACCCUCCCUCCUUUGGGCCCCGUGACCCUGGGCCAGGCUGGCAAGACUCACCUAAUCCACUUGGGCGAAGUCGACAUCGAUCUCACUCUGCUCAACAAUGACGGUUCCACAUUCCUCUUCCCACUCCCGAUCAAAUGCCCUCCAUCGGAGAUCCGCUACGACAUCGGCAUCGUGAACAUUCUCGAUCCCAGCCUCAAAACCCCGGCCGCGCCGACCACCAAUGGCACCUAUAAGUUUGCCAAAAUCUCCAACAACGAGGAGACAGGCUCAUUCCGCUUCCCCUACAGCUGCGACUUCAGCAACGGCAAGAUGGACGAUGUCGACCUCACCAUUUCGGGUACCGUACCAACGUACCUCCACCCAGGUGACAAGUGGUCCGUCAAAGACGCCUUUGCCUACCUGCGCCUGUCCCCCGCCACAGUCGCCGAUCUGACCUCGGGCUUCACCGGCGUGACAAUGGCAACGACCAUCGUCAAGCAGUACAACAUCACGGUCGAGAACGGCAGCCCCUCCUCGAUCAAUGCCUUGACAACGCCCAUUCGCACCACCUCCAAGGUCCAACAAGGCCAAGAACUCGACAUUGCGUUGCCUGCCGACAACACCUUCAGCUUUGGUCCCUUCACCGCUGGCGCAUCGGGUCAGGAGCUUUUCCUUACGUCGGCUGGUACGAGCGGCUCCUUUGCUUUCAUGGAUCAAUCUGGCCGUAACGUCGGUGGCGUUGACUUCCAGUGCAAGCCCAAGUAUACGUCGCGCCUCAUCGGUAUCCCUGUUACCAACGCUACGCCUCCUCCUAUCUCCAAGUAA